UGCUCUAAUUAGAAUCAUCCAAGCUCCCCCAAGCCCUACGUGCUUUAGUAACUUGACUGUAAUCAACACACAAGCAACACACCCUUCAGUCGAGGUAGUCACCAUGCGACAGAGAUGGUUUUUCGCAAUCGCAACCCGGCGAGGUCUCCUGCUGGCGAUUGUGUGCUGUGGACUGCUUCUCCUCAACUUUCUCUCCUGCCGUUUGAGCUUUAAUGCCAGCCACAGACCCACCUCCACCAGAAUAAACAAGCCCCUGAACGAACCUGAAUACCAGGCCUUGUUACAGGAGCUGGAGGAACCUUACCAGCACUACGUGAGCAGUCUGGCCAAGCAGAUUGGCCAACUGAAGGAGGCCCUUGCCCACAGGAGCACACAGCUCCAAAUGUCCUUGGGGAGCUUGGCCACCGAGCUCUUCCCUGACACAGGAGGGAAUGCCCUGCCAGGAGAAAAGACAAAUCUUCAGGAAUUCCUGCAGAGCCAGUUAAAAAGAGCAGAAGUUCACAGCGGAAAUCCAGUGGCUGGUGAAUACAACUUGGUGCCUUUCGAAAGUUUCACCCUCCACAAGGUGUAUCAGCUGGAGUCGGGGCUCAGCAGGUUUCCUGUGGAGAGGCCACUGCGUAAGGACCGACGUGACGAGCUGACAGGGACACUGGAGAUGGCCCUGCAGAUGCUCAACGCCCCACGAGACAGCGACGACCCCCAGCGGCGCAAACUCUACUCCCCUUCGGAUUUCAUUGAGGGAAUGUACCGCACAGAGAGGGAUUAUGGCACACUGUACGAGCUGAUUUUGAAAGGGGACAGCACAGAGGACUUCAGGAAGCUGGAGUUUUUCCGUCCCUUCGCCCCACUGAUGAUGAUCCGGAAUGAACAGGUGGACGUGUCCGGAACGCUCAUCAACAUGAUAGUACCACUGGCCAAGAUGGCCGAUAAGUUUAAACGGUUCAUGAUGAACUUUAGAAAUGUCUGCAUCCAGCAAGAUGGAAAAAUACACCUAACGGUAGUUUACUUUGGGAGUGAGCAGUUUGAAGAAGUGAAGAAAUCCCUUGAGAUGACUGCAAGGGUGACGCACUUCAGGAACUUCACCCUGAUCCAGCUGAAUGAGGAGUUCUCAAGAGGACGGGGCCUUGAUGUGGCAGCCCGGGCGUGGAAGCGCGGGAAUGUUCUCAUGUUCUUCUGCGACGUCGACGUCAUGUUCACCGCAGACUUUCUCAACUCUUGUCGUCUCAACGCUGAACCAGGAAGAAAGGUGUUCUACCCGAUAGUCUUCAGUCAGUACAACCCCAUAUACGUCUAUGGCCAUCAUGCAGUCACUCCAUCAACUGAACCGGUGAUAAAAAAGGACACAGGAUUUUGGAGUGAUCUUGGAUUUGGAAUGACAUGCCAGUAUAGAUCAGAUUUUAUAAACAUAGGGGGGUUUGACGCGAACAUCCGAGGCUGGGCCGUGGAAGACCUGCAUCUUUACAGGAAGUACCUCCACAGCGAGCUACUGGUCGUGCGCGCCACCACGCGUAGCCUGCUGCACCCCUGGCACCCCAACAGCUGUCCAGACGACCUGUCGGAGAAAACGUACCAGAUAUGCCAGCAGCGCAGAGCUACCAGCGAGGCCUCCCACAGCCAGCUGGGAAGGCUCCUCUUCCGCAGGCAGAUCGAGGAGCACCGGCGGCUACACAGCAGCCAUAGAUAGGAACACUAGUAUACUGCCCUACAAAACAAGAACGCAGUAACUCUGAAAACUGCAAACUGAGAAAAAAGGCUUCAAAGUUUCCUAUAUGGCGUGACAACUGUGUUGUCGGUAAAGUGGUGGUGACACCUCCUGGUAAUGCUUUUUUAGGAUAGAAAUUAAAUGCACACAAACCCCCCGGAAAAAAAAAACAUUUAUGUGUCUUUUUGCCACAAAAAACAGAGUUACUGCGUUCUUGGCUGGUAUUACUGCCACAAAAUGGAGUUACUGCAGGAGUUACUGCGUUCUUGGCUAGUAUUACUGUCUACUCCCAAACCAUUUCCCAUUGGAAAGUGCAGCAGUAACUCAACAACACCGCAGUAACUUUUUUUGGUCUUUUUUGCACUUUCAAAAUGAUUUUUCUCCAAAACGGGACGGUGUUGGACCACCAUUUUUUUGACACAAGACAAAUUAGGUAGUUUAAAGCCCAUUUCCGAUAUAAUUUUUUUUCGACCAUUUUGAGUUAGCCCCUACUGCGUUCUUGUUUUGCACAGCAGUAUAGGUGUGCAUUCCAAUAUGCGAACUCCCUUCCUCCACUUGUGCUUGGG